AUGGCUGUCGCUCCGUAUCUCAUUCAGUGCUACCGCGAAUUAAAUUGGAUUGCUAUUCAAUCUGAUGAUCUUCUCCCCAGAGACCUUGUUUCUGUUGCACAUCAGCAGUCUGAAACGGUAGUUCCUGCCGACAUUCUUCUUGUGCAAGGAACAUGUAUCGUUGACAAUGCCAUGUUAUCAGGAGAAUCCACGCCGCUACUCAAGGAAUCUAUCCAGCUUCUUGACAGCAAAGAUAAACUCGAUGUUGACAGCGCGCACAAGAAUGCAGUUCUGUUCAGUGGAACUAAAGUGCUUCAAGCAAGCCCGACGGAUCAAGGACAAGUUACUGCAGCAACUCCGGACAGGGGAUGUCUGGGACUUGUUUUGAGAAUCGGUUUCGGCACAGCCCAGGGGCAGCUUAUGGAGUAG